AUGAACCGCGGCUUCAUAUCCGCCCUGUAUGCCUACCCUGAGCUGGACAGGUCGCAAUUUAUACCCUAUUUCCUUCACAACAACUCUACAAGCAAUUUUUGCUGCGAGUUGACGAAAAAUGUUACCAACAGCGAUAGGGCGUAUUUCUUCUUUUUCCCCCCUCUCUUUGUACUUUUUCUUUUCUCUUCUUUUCUAUGUAUUUUUCUUUUUCUCUUUUCCUUGUAUUUUUCUUUUUUCUAUUUUCUUUGUAUUUUUUUCUUCUCUUUUCCUUGUAUUUUUCUUUUUCUCUUUUCCUUGUAUUUUUCUUUUUUCUAUUUUCUUUGUAUUUUUUUUCUUCUCUUUUCCUUGUAUUUUUCUUUUUUCUAUUUUCCUUGUAUUUUUCCUUUUCGCUUCUCUUUUGAAAAUUUCGUUUUCACUUCUCUUUCUACUUUUCCCUUCUUUUUUCUUUUUUUCUUUUUUUCUUUUCUUUCUUUCUUCACCCUUCUAUUUUUCUUUAACUCUGUAUCUUUCUUUCAUUCAUUCUUUCUUCAAAAAAAACGUCCUUCUCUGCGAUCCCCUCUCUCCCUCUCUCUCCCCCCUCUCUCUCCCCCCCUCUCCCCCUCUCUCUCUCUCUGCCACCCCUCUCUCCGCCCCCUCUCUCUCUCAGAUUUUCUUGUUUACUCAGACGAGCUUAAUGUUAUCUGUUCAUAUCUAUCUAUCUAUCUAUCUAAAUCUGUUCAUAUCUAUCUAGAUCUGUUCAUAUCUAUCUAUCUAGAUCUGUUCAUAUCUAUCUAUCUAUGUAUCUAUCUAGAUCUUCUAUUUAGAUCGGUUCAUAUCUAUCUAGAUAUGUUGAUAUCUAUCUAG